GCGUACGGACGGAUAGACGUUUUGCCUUCAAUUUUUCGAUAGAUUCAAGCAUGAUGCAAACUUGUUGAAAUUGUUGCUAUAGCAACGCAUGAUGGCAAAUAUUAUUCAGAUAUAGAUAGUGUUUCAAAACGCAUCACAGACUAACACGCGUCAAAAAAGGAAUAUUCUAGUUUAUCUUAGCUCGUUGGAUCUGUGUCAUUUCGUAGCGCAAGAGGCACUUUUAAGCUAAGAGUUAAUCUUAGUUGCACUGUUUCUCUGUGAAGGAAUGGAAAGUCUUAGUAUGCUUUGGACUAUUCAGUGAAUACUAUUCGCGGCCGACUGGUAGAUUGUAAAUUAAUUUUUUUAUUAGAAGAUAUUUUGAAACAUUAAUCUAAUUUAGAAUUAUCCCUCAAUUCUAAUUAAUUGUUGCAACUUACCGUUCGAAAUAACAAUCACAUUCGUUUUCAUUUUGGUACUCAUUUUUUUUAUUUCGUGCCAUUUAUUCACGUAUGUUGGUAUCCUGAGUGACAAUAAUUAUUCUUUGUAACAAAUGAAAAAUGAAUAUACUUAUUUGACUUACUGUCUCUGAAUUACUUCAGUGAAGACGAUUUGCUUUCUAAACACUCACAAAAGCUUAAAACUUAAUUGAAUCGGAUCCAAACAACUCUGUAAUCAUGGCAAAUCAAAACUCGUCGUUUCAGCCGGAUUCAGAUGUGCACAUUACAUAUGAAGAUCAGCAAAAAAUCAACAAAUUUGCUAGGCAUAAUGCGCGUUUGGACGAUUUGAAAGAGGAAUUGAAAGGGAAGCAGGCAUGUGACCUUAUUAAUUGUAUUUCUUAAUGAGUAUAUGAUUAUACACAAUCAUUUUUAUCCUAUGUUAAAUGCAUUCCAGAAUGAAUAUAAAAAUCUAGAAGAGGCAUCAGAAGAACUUAUCUUGAUGGAUGACGAUAGUGAUGAAAAAAUUCCAUACUUCAUGGGUGAAGUAUUUGUAUAUCAGGACUUGGAAAACACUCAGAAAACUGUUGAAGAUGCUAAAACAAAAAUACUUGAUGAAAUAAAAACUUUGGAAACGAGAAGCAGUGAUAUUCGAAGUGUGAUGAGCGAUUUGAAAACACAGCUUUAUGGAAAAUUUGGAAACCAUAUUAAUCUCGAAGCAGAAGAAGACUAAUUCAGAUCUCCAAUCUAUUUCUACAUGCAAAUAAAGCUUUGAAACAAAAUGAAGUGCUUCAUCAGUUCUUGCUUCUAUUAAUUCAAUAAUUGGACAAUUGUUGUUAUGAUUGACAUUGCAGAUGAAUGUUAAUUCAUUUUCACCUAGGACACUGAAUUACUUGAAUUAUGACAUCAUUUGAAAUGCUGCCAUACAAAGUACUCAGUCUAUUUUUUAUACUUGUAUUGUGUUUCAUUAAUUGAUGAGCUUUACUUAAUUUUAUUGUUACUAUAUUCAAUUAAUUCUGUUAACUUCCCUAAUAACUGUGUGUAUUUGCUAGAAAAUAUAAGUCAUAAUUUUAAACCAGUACGUUUUUCUACCUUUUGUGUGUUCUCUCUUCCGCAUUGACAUAUAGACUGUCAGAGCAGGCAAGAGAACACAUGAACUAUGGCGGUUGUGUCUUAACAGAUCCAACUGAUUUAACAAUUUCCACACUCCUGGAUUUUCCAGUUAUAUCGAUUGACAUGUUUCCAGAGAUAUCACAGUUGCUGUAAUUGAUAAAUUAUAAUUUAUGGUCAUAAUUUCAAAAUGUUUGUAUGAAGAUGACAUAAGAAAGACAGACAUACGAUAAAUCCAGAAAGUUGCCAGCCAAAAUUAUAUUUCCAAAUAUUUUAAAAUAUGUAUACUUUAUUACAAGUUAAGCACACAAACAUUGUAGCAUAAACGACCUCAACCAUUUUGAAAUAUUUUUCUAGAAGAUAACUUGGAAACAGAUGCAGACAUUUUUUUUUUAGUAAUGAAAAUCCUUUCAGAAAAUUUUAAUGUUAAAUUUUGAUAAACAAGCCAGCUAAUUUGUGUGUUGUAUUGAUAGUACAAUCUGUCCCAAUUGAACAUUUUUGAACUUUGUAUUGGAUGUUGUUUAAGAAGAAUGUUUUAUUUAGUUUUGUUUUUAGAUUUCAUGUGAAGGUAGGGGAAUUUUAUUUAGUUCUUUGUUUAGUUUUAUUUAUUUUAAAAUUUAAUUUGUUAAUAAACAUUUGAAUAUUUCCAAUUGAAUGUGAUCAUAUGUUUAUUUAUAUAUGGUUCAAGAGAUAGUAAGAUAUCAUUUCAAACUCAUUAAUGUCUGUUGUCGGAAUAAUCAAUCCUAAAUUAUCAAUUACC